CUUCCCCACAUGACCCAUUCGAUUUCUCUAAUCCGCCGCUGUGUCCUCCUCUUUCUCCUACCUUCUUCUCCUUAAAGAAAGCACGCGGUAGUGUUUGCUUUGGGCAUGAAGGCUCCCAUUGGCUUCUUAGCCAGGCUAUGGAGCUUUAUAUCAUUCCUUCCUUUCUUCUUCCUUCUUCUGCUCCUUGGAAUCAUCAAAGCUGCAAUAAUUGGUCCAGUUGUGGCAAUUCUGGUUAUUGUUGGAAACUCUGCUGUCAUUAUUGGUUUAUGGCCUGUACAUUUCUUCUGGACUAGUUACUGUGUGGCAAAGACCAAGAGACUUGGGCUGGUUUUGAAGCUAUUGUUUCUGCUUUGCUUGCCUGUGCCUCUGUUGCUGUGGCCAGUGAUUGGGAUUUUUGGAUGCAUAUUGAUUGGGGUUGGUUAUGGGUAUUUUGCUCCAUUGAUUGACACUUUUGAGGCUGUUGGAGAGGAUGUUAUUGACAAACUGUAUCAUUGCUUUAUGGAUGGAUGCGAGAGCACCAUCAAGGGAGCUUGUACAUUGGUGCGAGACUUCACAGAUAUUUGUUUCCAUUCUUACUUCUCACUAAUGGAUGGACUCAGUGAGAAAGUAGCUGAUUAUGAGAUACCACUUGAUAUUAAGAUAACAAGACUGCCUUCUUGUCUUCUGGUUUCGGUUCUUGGAGUGCCCAUUGAUGUACUUGCAAUUACCAUUGUGGCAUUGGCGAAGAGUCCAUAUAUGCUAUUAAGAGGAUGGCAUAGAUUGUUGUAUGACUUGAUAGGGAGGGAAGGGCCAUUCCUGGAGACUGUUUGCGUUCCCUUUGCUGGUCUUGCAAUCCUUUUAUGGCCACUAGCUGUUACUGGCGCAGUGAUUGCUGCAGUCAUUUGUAGCUUCUUUCUGGGGCUAUAUGGUAUAGUCAUUGUUUACGAGGAAAAUUCUGUGAAGAUGGGAUUUGCUUAUAUUGUUUCUGUGAUAUCUUUAUUUGAUGAGUAUACAAAUGACCUGCUUUAUCUGAGGGAAGGAUCCUGUCUCCCAAGGCCCAAAUAUCGAAAACAUCUUGUUACACAUGAUCAGAAAAGUUUGAGUCAAGAAAAAGAGAUUGAGAGUACGAUCUCAAGCCCCAAAACUACGAAGUUGGAAUUCAAUCAAUCUAGGACAUUGAGGAAGGCUAUCCAGCAACUAAAACCAAUACAGAUCUGGGAUUGGCUCUUCAGAUCUUGCAAGCUUAAUGGAAGGAUUUUACUAAGUGAGGGUCUCAUCAGCAUUGUGGACAUAGAAGAAUCUGUUGUUAAAGGAAAUUCUAGGAAACUGAGCAUAAGACUACCAGCUUGGUGUAUUUUACAGUGCUUGGUUAUGUCUGCUAGGAUUGAUGCAAAUGGUUUGCUUAUAUCUGACGGGGUAGAACUGACAAACUUUAGCUGGCCGAAGGACAAAGUAUUGGAAUGGCUGUUUGGGCCUCUUCUUAUUAUGAAAGAACAAAUCAAGGGAUUGCACUUGGAGGAAAAUGAAGAGUCCUGCUUGAGAAAUUUGAUCAUGACCAAUAAGAAUGAGAGACCAGAAGAUUGGGAAAACAAAUUUCCGUCAGAUGACAUGGUGCGGCGAGCUCAAGUUCAAGCAAUACUUCGAAGGCUGCAAGGCAUAGUUGCUUCAUUGUCCCGAAUGCCGACUUUUCGACGGAGAUUCAACAAUUUGGUGAAGGAUUUAUAUGUGUACGCCAUAGAAACAGGUAAAUUGAGCUGGAAUGAUAUCGAAUCCAAAACUAGAAGCAAGAUAGGUAGGGAUCUUGAGGAAAGGAAAAAGAACAACAUAAACCUAGAAAGAGCAAGCAAAUCACUUCCACCACCUGAUAAUGCUGAGUUUGUCUAACCAGUUUUAUUAUUGCUGGCAUCUAUCUCUUGUGUAGCAACUCGCUGUGCUCUUUGUUUUUAUUUUCUUAUGAUGUCAGGAUUAUGCCACUAUUAAACAGCAGAAGGUAGGUCUUUUAGCAAGAAGAUAAGAGAUGAGAUGGGAGAAAAGUAUAGAAAGCAAAUGCGUGAUAAUUUCUAUCACACUAUCUAUUAUUUAAUUCUUCUUUUACAUGUUUGAGAUGCCUA